UCUCCCCCUUCCUCCUCCGCCAUCCCCCUCCUUUCACCUCUCUUUCAUCAUCUCACAACGUUGUCUCUUCUUCAUCUCACUCACUUGUCUCCUCCCCAUCGGCAUCACGGCGGGGCAUCCUUCUCCAUCCCGCCCCCACGCUCGGUGGCUCUCGGCUAACCACCCGCGCGGGAACGCCCUCGACCACCUGGGGCUGCUGGCCGACGAACAGCGUGCUCGCCGGCCCGGCACCAGCUCCCCCUACUCUCCGCAACGAUGGGUCUCCCAAGCAUGCUUCAGUACGAUGCCAGCUUCCCGCUGUACGGCGUAGCGUUCUCGAACAAUCCGCAGCACCCUCACCGUGUGGCGCUCUCGUCGUUCCUUACAGGCCCACAGAACAAGUUGACCAUCGUCGAGCCCAACUCGUCGUACACGGCCUCCUCAGACUUCCAGCAGCUUGCGACUGCUGGCCUCACAUAUCCCGCUACCAAGCUCGGGUGGGAGCCGAAAGAGUCUCUGAGCCGUGAUGGUGGGCGCGGCGAGCUGCUCGCCACAACAGGUGAUGUUCUGCGCAUCUGGGAGAUGAAAUGGGAUGGGAGUAGCAAGGACGCUGGCCGCAUCGGGUAUGGGCGUAAUGGAUAUAACGACGCCGAGGGCUGGAAACUGCACCAGAGAUCCUUCCUAUCCAACAGCAAGCAGAGUCCAUCCAACCUUCCUCCCAUCACGAGUUUUAGUUGGAACUCGCAGGCGCCACAGAGCAUUGUGACGUGCUCGACAGACACGACUGCGACACUGUGGGACAUCAACACUUCCCAGGCGCUCACCCAGCUCAUCGCCCACGACCGGGCGGUGUACGAUCUCUCAUGGCUUCCAUCAAGCCCCGAUAUUUUCGUGUCUGUCGGCGCGGACGGCUCGCUGCGUGCCUUUGACCUGCGCCAGCUUGAGCAUUCGACAAUCUUGUACGAGACGCCCAAUUCGGCACCACUCGCGCGCAUCGCCUUCAGCAACCGCGAACAACACAUGCUUGCGUGCUUUAGUAUGGGUGACUCGAAGACGCUCAUCCUUGACAUGCGCUCUCCCGGGCAGCCUGUGGCAGAAUUGCUAGGUCACAAGGCGCAGCUCGGCGCCAUCGCAUGGGGGUCAGGCGGGAAUACAGGUACCACCUCUGGUGCGACGGGCGGCGGGUACAUCGCGUCAUGUGGUGACGACGCGCAGCUUCUCAUCUACGAUCUCACGUCGCCCAUACCCUCCGAGCCCGAGUCACGGCGCAGCAACGUCCCGUACAGCAUGUCGCCGCCUGCGACGCCCAACGCGGGGCGCACACCAACACCAGGCUCCACACGCGCGGCCGAGAUUCAGCCUCACAAGGCAUGGACGGCACACGCCGAGCUCAACAACCUCGCCUUCAGCAAGGAUGGAGAUUGGGUUGCUUGCGUCGCAGGCCAGCGGCUAAACAUGCUACAAGUGUAGCACCCGCCCACAUAGACUCGCUCGACGCCGAGCCUGUGCUGCGCACCCUAUUCACUCCCUCCCGAGAUAGACGCAGAAGCCAAGCGUGAGGUAGACGGAGGAUGAGACACGGGUUUCACGCUGAGCGAGCAGAUAGAAGCCUGCGAAGGCACUGGGGCACAGGCAGGGUUGUAUUGGGGCUCUCGGCCCAACAUGAUGUGAUGCAUUGGCACGAUCGAUCGUUCCCUCGUCACUGUCACAAGUCAAUGCAUACCAAAAAUACAAGUC